AUGGGUAAAUUAUGGGAAGUUGCUUUACCAACAGCUUUUCUUUCAUCACACAUUCCUAAUACUCAAAAAUUUUGUGAUGCCAACUUUUGUAAGAUUUUAGAUCAAAAUAUUCCAAGCUAUUUUUUAACUUGUGUACAACUCAACACUUACAUACAGACAGUUAUAAAGGGUGAUGCAAAACGAUCUAAUUCUGGAGUUUGUUCCAAACAGAUUAAGAUUGAAGACAAUGGCAAGGAUAGAUUGAAAGGGUAUGUUGUAAUGGUAAUUGGAAGGAAAGAUAUUCUCACACAUUCCACUGCUAUAAUUUCAACUUGUUUCAAUUAUAAUAUGGCAACUUAA